CAUUUCACCUCUAGUCUCUUCUAGGGGUGAUUUCCGAAUUGCCUGCGAGGGCUACUCCCAAACAAGGCUCCUCCAAAGCAUAAUGCUGGAUAAUACCUGCAGCUUUGGCUUGAAUGGUGAUCACCUAAAUUGGUGCACCAGGAACUCAGUCAGGUCAUUUCCAUGGUUUUCAGAUCCCCUUUAGAGCUUUAUCCCUCCCAUUUCUUCCUGCCAAACUUCGCUGAUCGCCCUCUGCUACUGGCGAACAGCGCUCCCACCACCAGGUCUCCAGAAGACUUGUCCAUGUUUCAGCUACCGACACUCAACUUCUCCCCGGAGCAGGUGGCAAGCGUCUGCGAGACGCUGGAGGAGACCGGGGACAUCGAACGGCUGGGCCGCUUUCUGUGGUCCCUGCCCGUGGCUCCGGGAGCGUGCGAGGCGAUCAACAAGCACGAGUCCAUCCUGCGCGCCCGGGCCGUGGUGGCGUUCCACACGGGGAAUUUCAGAGACCUCUACCACAUCCUGGAGAACCACAAGUUCACCAAGGACUCACACGGCAAACUGCAGGCCAUGUGGCUGGAAGCGCACUACCAGGAGGCCGAGAAGCUCCGCGGUCGUCCCCUCGGACCGGUCGAUAAGUACCGAGUGCGGAAGAAGUUUCCGCUGCCUCGGACCAUCUGGGACGGUGAGCAGAAGACGCACUGUUUCAAAGAGCGGACACGGAGCCUGCUGAGGGAGUGGUACCUUCAGGACCCAUAUCCAAAUCCCAGCAAGAAAAGGGAACUGGCUCAAGCCACUGGACUCACUCCUACACAGGUCGGAAACUGGUUUAAAAACCGGAGGCAACGAGACAGAGCCGCGGCGGCCAAAAACAGGCUCCAGCACCAAGCAAUAGGACCGACCGGUAUGAGGUCCCUCUCAGAGGCCGGGCUCACCCCUCACAGCUCGGCAGAGUCGCCUUCAACCGCGGCCAGUCCCACCACCAGCGUUUCCAGUAUGACAGAGAGAGUUGAUACUGGGACGUCCAUCCUGUCCGUCACAUCCAGUGACUCGGAGUGCGAUGUAUGAUACGGAGAAAGAAACACAAAAACAAACAAAAAGAGAAAUAUUUACAGGGAAAAUGGACCUGAGAGGAAGAAAAAAAGACUUAUGAAAUAUCGCGGAUGAAAAAAGGACCGAUUGAUAUAAAUAUUAAAAUAAAAAGAGAUAAAAGCACGUCGGUUUUUUUUUUUUAUUAAAAAGCGCUU